AUGGUGACAGAAGAGUUUAUCGAAUAUGUGCAGGAAGAUGCAUUAUCCGUGGAAGUGUGGGGCCACCGAAGCAGUGGCUUUGGUAAUGAUUUUGAGCGUUGGGCCGAAGUAACACGACGAAUUGAGCUUCAUGAGCGUUGGGCCGAAGUAACAAGACGAAUUGAGCUUCAUGUCGAUAUCAAGGAAAUGAACGAUAUGGGCCAAUACGUCUCAGUCGAAGUGCAUCCAUCCAAUGAUGUGCUUACUGGCGGAAUAUACCAGUUAAAGCAAGUAAGUACUAGAAACUGUUAUAGCAUGUAA